UAUCAAAACUGCAGCGCAACCAACUACUAGCUAGAACUCUGUCUGACGCCGGAGUGUUGAAGAGGAAGUUUCAAUCUAGUCUCUCGCUUGCUUGUGAACGCAAGAUACAGUAUUUGCAUUUCAUACAUCAGUUUUUGUGAUCCGGGGUGAAAAUACCCAGUAAUUGAAAAGUAGUUUAAAUUACAUUUUUAACAAAGGAUUUGAUACGCUGGAUUUUGAAAAAGACAACCCAUUACCGCGGAUGCUGCAGCAAUACGGUGGUGGAAGGACAUUCUGCCUAUAUUCAAGAGAAAUAAGAGUAUCGGUUUUGCCGAUUGACUAAAGAUCGUGGAUUCUGUCGCUUUGAAGGGUUCAGAACACUUUUUUUUGUGUUAAAAGAAAAGUAGGCUGAAGACGGACCUCUCUUCGCAUUGGAUGAGAAGGACAUUUAUAACACCGUAUGUUGCUGUAUUUUUCUUCACGUUUCUGGCUCUGUUAACUGAAUUAAUGUACAAGAACAGUUCGCGUGUUGUACCGUGGCGUUAUUUUUCACAUCAGUCAAUGAUGGUUUGAAUAACCGUUUCAAGAACUUUUGGGUGAAUUAAUCUUACAACCGGAGGCGCAAAUAAAUGCGGGACUUGGAUGGGCAGUUUUCUAAGUUUAUUCCAGCAUCGCCAGCACUGAACCACAUCUAUACAUUUUCAAGACGAAGACUUCGGUUACGUUAUGCAACAUUUACGUUAUAAAUGAAACCUAAAAUCAAGCACAGUGUUAAAGAAGAAAGCGUUCCCUAGUUUUAUGUAGGCUAUCGUUGUUGCUCUGCUUGAGAGAUUAUUCACACGAGAAUGCCUCUCUCUGUGACUCUGAGCCUGCUCUGCCUCUUCCUAGCCUAUGUGGCUCCCUGCUGCUCUGCUAUAAGCUCUAUUGAUCCUGACCGUCCAGCGGAGGGAAGAUGCCAGCAUAUUGUAAUUCCCUUGUGCAAAGACAUUGGAUAUAACAUGACUAGGAUGCCUAACUUGAUGGGUCAUGAGGACCAAGGGGAAGCUGCCAUCAAGUUGCAUGAAUUUGCUCCCCUGAUUGAAUUUGGAUGCCACAGCCAUCUGAAAUUUUUCCUCUGCUCCUUGUACGCACCUAUGUGCACAGAGCAAGUGUCCACCCCCAUCCCAGCCUGCAGGGUGAUGUGUGAGCAGGCAAGGCAGAAGUGCUCACCCAUCAUGGAGCAGUUCAGCUUCAAGUGGCCGGACUCCCUGGACUGCAGCAAGCUCCCCAACAAGAAUGACCCGAACUACCUUUGCAUGGAAGCGCCCAACAACGGCUCGGACGAGUCUCCCAAGGGCUCCAGCACCCAGCCUCCAGAGUUUCGGCUCCAGAGGCCCAACAGCGGCCAGGAGUUUCAGCUCAAAGACACCAGCGACAGGGAAGCUUGUGGCAACCCGGGAAAGUUCCACUAUGUGCAGAAGAGCGAAUCCUGUGCCCCAAAAUGCUACCCCAAAGUAGAUGUUUACUGGAGCCAGGGCGAUAAGCAGUUUUCCCUUAUUUGGAUAGCUAUCUGGUCCAUUCUUUGCUUCUUCUCCAGCUCCUUCACUGUCCUCACCUUUCUGAUUGACCCACAGCGCUUCAAAUACCCAGAGAGGCCCAUCAUCUUUCUUUCCAUGUCCUACUGUGUCUAUUCUGUGGGCUACCUCAUCCGGCUCUUUGCUGGGGCAGACAACAUUGCCUGUGAUCGGGACAGCGGGGUCCAAUAUGUCAUCCAGGAGGGCUUGGAAAGCACAGGAUGCACCAUAGUCUUCCUCAUCCUGUAUUAUUUUGGCAUGGCCAGCUCCCUCUGGUGGGUGAUUUUGACACUGACCUGGUUCCUGGCUGCUGGCAAGAAGUGGGGACAUGAGGCCAUCGAAGCAAACAGCAGCUAUUUUCACCUGGCAGCAUGGGCCAUCCCUGCAGUCAAGACCAUUAUGAUUUUGGUCAUGAGGAAAGUGGCAGGGGAUGAGUUGACAGGUGUCUGCUAUGUUGGCAGCAUGGACAUUAAAGCCUUAACCGGGUUCGUACUUAUCCCUCUCUCCUGCUACCUCAUCAUAGGGACCUCUUUCCUUCUGUCUGGCUUCGUUGCCCUGUUCCACAUCAGGAAGAUCAUGAAGACCGAAGGAGAGAACACAGACAAGCUGGAGAAGCUUAUGGUGAGGAUAGGGGUGUUCUCAGUGCUGUACACUGUCCCUGCCACUUGCGUCAUUGCGUGCUAUUUUUACGAAAGGCUCAACAUGGAUUACUGGAAGGUGCUGGCCAGUGCACAGAAAUGUUUCGAAAGCAGCACCAGCAGUCCGGGGGCAGAAGAGUGCAUCAUGAAGAACUCCAUACCAGCCGUGGAGAUCUUCAUGGUGAAAAUUUUUAUGCUUUUAGUGGUAGGCAUCACAAGUGGCAUGUGGAUCUGGACUUCCAAAACUCUUCAGUCCUGGCAAAAUGUUUUCAGCAGGAAGUUAAGGAAGAGAACAAGGAGAAAGCCUGCCAGUGUCUUCACAAGUAGUGGACCCUAUAUAAAACCUCACCCUCCACUUAAAGUGCACAACGCAAAGUAUGAACCAGCAGGGCAGCCUCCAACAUGUGUUUAACUGUUUCCCUUGAAUGGAGCCAAAUCUCUCUUUUUCAUUUUUCCUGAGCUGCGUUCAUCGCUGACUGAACUAUAAGAAAAGCAAAACGACAACAAAAAAAAAGAAACAAAAAAAUGUAGCUGUUCAAUGUGAUUUUUAUGCAAACAGUUGAAAAGAUGCAAUGUAUUGAGAUACAGUAUAAUUAAUAGGACUUCUGAUUCUGUGUGCACAUCAAGUAAAGCAAACAGUCUUUUAUAUGGGUUGGGCAGACUUUUAUUUGAACAUAACCCCUCACAAAGUUUCGCAAAAUUAUAAGAAAAUGUUUUGGUUUGGAGGAAAGAAAGGAAUAAAUAGUUUGGAUGAGAGGAUGGGUUGCUUGAAUAAUGUGCAAUAGAUGUUUUCCUUAGUGACAAAAAAGACACAAGUACUGUAGAAA